AUGAAAAUCGACUUUGCAGAAAUGAAUAGAACAAAAGGCGCGGGAGCUCAGGUUCCCACAGGUGAGGCGACAGACUGCUUCCCCCGGGAAAACGCCGAGGCGCGCUCUCCGCCAGGAGCGGCCUUGGCAGGGUGCUGGCGCGCUCCGUCUGCGCGGUCUGGUCUCUGGGGCCAGGCCUGGGUUUCCCUCGUGUAUGGCCAGAGCCCUACGCGUGCUGUGCUUUUUCUCCUUGGCGUACAGCUCACAGCUCUUUGGCCAGUAGCAGCUGUGGAAAUUUACACUCCCCGGGUGCUGGAGGCUGUCAAUGGGACAGAUGUCAGGUUAAAAUGCACUUUCUCCAGCUUUGCCCCAGUGGGUGAUGCUCUCACGGUGACCUGGAAUUUCCGUCCUCGAGAUGGGGGCCCUGAGCAGUUUGUUUUCUACUACCAUGUGGAUCCCUUCAAACCCAUGAGUGGGCGUUUCAAGGACCGAGUGGUCUGGGAUGGCAACCCUGAGCGGUAUGAUGUCUCCAUCCUCCUCUGGAAGCUGCAGUUUGAUGACAAUGGGACAUACACCUGUCAGGUGAAGAACCCACCUGAUGUUGAUGGACUGAUAGGGGAGAUCCAGCUCAGCGUCGUGCAGACUGUUCGCUUCUCUGAGAUCCACUUCCUGGCUCUGGCCAUCGGCUCCGCCUGUGCACUGAUGGUCAUAAUAGUAAUUGUGGUGGUCCUCUUCCAGCAUUUCCGGAAAAAGCGACGGGCUGAAAGAGCUCAUAAAGUGGUGGAGAUAAAACCAAAAGAAGAAGAAAAGCUCAACCAGGAAAAAAAGGCUUCUGUUUCUUUAGAAUACACAGAUUAACAUUCUUACAUGGAAGCUGAAUAUUUCCCAGAACAAGAACCCUAAGAUACGCUGGAGUUAAUGGAAGCUUUGCUUUGGCUUUUCCAGUUGUGACCUGUCUUCCAACCAGCGCUGCAGUAUAUAACCACCUAGACGAGCAACGUUCCUCUGGAGCCAGCAUAGGGCCCUUCUUGAGCAGAUAGCACCAGACUCAGAAACAGCUCUGUUACUAAGGUUUUAUUUAAUUUCAGAGUGCAAAUAUUUUUCAAAUGCUCACUAGGUUUUGUAUACUAAGAAGCUAUAUUUUUGCCCUGAAACACUCCUUGUGGAUUAUGAUUUAUAUUCACAUAUAUUGGCCUCAAAUGAGAUAAAAACCAAACUGUCUGUCUCGUUUACUUUGAUAUAUUAAUUUUAGAGCAGUGUUCUAGCUACUAAAGUUAACAUCUUUAUUCUUUCCUUCUCACAUGCUUGGUUAAAAGGUGAGCUAAUUCUCUCAACAGUUUUGAUUAAUUAACAGAAAAUCCUAAAUUCAAACUGUUAAAGAAUAGUUUGA